UGAGGAAUUUCAGUUGGAGUUUACCAGUUGACCGGCAUAGGUUCGAAAAUCGGAGAUCGGAUCUCACAGUUUCUCGCACACACAGAUACCGUAGCUGGCACUCACACUCGUGCAGGUGCCUUGGUGUUUGUAAUUUGUUUACAGUCGCAUCACAGCAACAACAACAAUAAUAAAACCAACAACAAUAUCGGUGAAGUAAAAGAUAUAGAAAGAAGCAACAGCAGAAGACGAGGCAAAUCAAGAGAAUUACGCGAAAAAAAGAGAAAUUUCACCGUUCUAAGCCAAGAAGAUUGUAUCUGGACAUCUGGAAGUGCAACUGGGAUUAUAUUUUGGGCUAUUGUUUAUUGGCUAUAACAACCACACCUGCUGAGCAGCCAUGGCCAGUUCACCCAUCACAGACUUCUAUGCGGGACGCAAUGUGUUCAUCACGGGCGCCACCGGCUUCGUGGGCGUCACCAUUGUGGAGAAACUGCUGCGUGAGGUUCCCAACGUGGGCACUCUCUACCUCCUGAUGCGGGCCAAGAAGGGCAAGAACGUCCAGGAGCGCCUCGAGGAGCUGAAGAAGAACUCUGUCUUCGACAAGUUCAAGGAACUGCAGCUGGAGUCGCGCCUGUCCAAGAUCGUACCGAUCGAGGGAGACGUCGGCCUGGAGAAUCUGGGCAUCUCGCCGAAGGAUCGUCAGACUCUGAUUGAGAACGUGAAUGUGGUCUUCCACUCGGCCGCCACCCUGGACUUCUUCCAGUCCCUGAAAGAGACCACCAACAUCAACCUGAGGGGCACCAGGCGGGUGGUAGAGCUCUGCCAGCAGCUGACCAAGCUAGAUGCCCUCGUCCAUGUGUCCAGUGCCUACGUGAAUGCCUAUAUCACCAAGGUCGAGGAGAAGCUCUACCCCUCUCCCGACGAUCCAGAGAAGAUCAUUCAGUUGGCCGAGACCUUGAAUGACGAAGCUCUCAAGGAACUGGAACCAAAACUCCUGAAGGAUCACCCCAAUACCUACACCUUCACCAAGCAUCUGGCCGAGCACGAGGUAGCCAAUGUCUCCAGCAAGUUCCCAUGCGGCAUUGUUCGUCCCAGCAUGAUCACUGCUGCCUGGAAGGAACCCAUUCCCGGCUGGACCAUCUCCAAGAACGGUCCUCAGGGCUUCUUCAUGGGCGCCUCCAAGGGUAUCUUGCGUCGUCUGCCCCUCGAUCCCUCCAUCAUCAUGGACUACAUUCCCAUCGACGUGGUGGUGAAUGGAAUCAUAACCACCGGCUACUACGUGAACUCACUGCAGGCCAAGAAUGGCGGUCGGCCGGCUGAACUGCAGAUCUUCCACCUGACCUCCAGCACCUACAAGCCCUUCCGCUUCGAACUGAUGGCGGACAAGAUCAAUGGCUACCUGCACGACUAUCCCCUGAACAGUGCCGUUUGGUACCCCAAUCUCCGCCUGGUCAAGAGCUUGUGGCUCUUCCGGCUGAGCGCUAUCCUAUUCCACUUUAUUCCCGGCUUUUUCCUGGAUCUGGUUACAAAGAUUGGAGGUGGCAGGCCCAUCCUCAUCCGCCUGCACAAGAACGUGUGGAACUCGCUGAACACCCUGGAGCGGUUCAUCUUUACGGAGUGGCACUUUGACAGCCAACGCCUCCUGGCCCUCUCCAAGACCACGACCGCUGCGGACAAGAAGAAGUUCUUCAUCGACAUUGGGGAGCUGACGUGGGACGAGUACUUUGCCAACACGAUCAUGGGCGUCCGCCAAUACCUCAGCAAGGAGUCUCCCAAGAACCUGGAGAAGGCUCGUCGCAAGGACAAAAUUCUCCUGGGUCUUCAUGUGGCCCUGCAGCUCUCCUUCUGGUACGGAAUCUUUAAACUGAUCGUGUGUAUUACGGGAGUUUCCGGCGCCAAGGCGGCUCUCAUCCUGCCAGUUCUCUAUUAUCUGUUUGGACUGAUUUAAGGCGGCGAAUAUUUUAUUAUUCUAAGUAGCUCUGCAUUCUCCAAUGUUAUUUAUGCUAAAUGCAAUUUGUACGAGGUUUGGUUUUAAAAUAAAUACAAGAAAACUU